UUGGAAGUUGGAGGUGGAGUAAUCCUGCAGAAUCUGAGCUGCUGUCCUCAGCUCUGGGGAUGUAAACUGAUGAGGUCAUAGUGUUUUCCAGUUACAGAAAAGAAAGUUAAAGGAAAAAAAAUCUUCAGCUUGUUUUUCAAGAGAGGCAAAAACUCUGAGAAGUUGAAGAAAUGGAGCAACUUGCAAAACUCCUCCUGUGGCAGAUUUUGCUUCAGCAAAGUUCUGUGUGCUCAUAUUCAGUCCCAGCUGAUGCCUCCAACCCAGCCAGCGUGGUGGUGUCUGUGCUGAACAUCAGUGCUGUGCUGGGCUCCCAGGCUGUGCUGCCCUGCAAGAGCCACCGCAUGGUGUGGACCCAGGACCGCCUCAACGACAGGCAGCGCGUGGUGCACUGGGACCUGCUCAGCUCCUACUAUGGGGACAGCAGGAUGGAGAGGCUCUGUGACAUGUACUCAGCUGGGGACCAGCGUGUCUACAGCUCCUACAACCAGGGCAGGAUCCUCAUGCCCGAGAACGCCUUUGCAGAUGGGAAUUUCUCACUGGUGAUCAAAGGUGUUGCAGAGAGUGAUGAAGGCACAUAUUCCUGCAAUCUUCACCAUCACUACUGCCACCUGUAUGAAACUGUGAAAAUCCAGCUGGUCAUCGCCAAGAGAGGUGAGGAGGCCAGCGAGUAUUGGGAUGGCGAGAAGCCAGUUCUGGUGGCCCCAGCGGGCAGCACGGUGACGCUGCCGUGUGUCAACCGCCAGCACAUCUGGACGGAGCGGCACAGCGAGGAGGAGCAGCAGGUGGUUCACUGGGACCGGCAGCCCCCUGGCGUGCCCCAUGACCGCGCUGACCGCUUGGUGGACCUGUACGCGUCCGGCGAGCGCCGCUCCUACGGGCCCCUGUUCCUGCGGCAGAAGAUGAACGUCACCCGCGGCGCCUUCGCCCUCGGAGACUUCUCCCUGCACAUCUCCCACCUGGAGAGCGCUGAUGAGGGCACCUACUCCUGCCACCUGCACCACCACUACUGUGGGCUCCACGAGCGCAGGAUCUACCACGUGUCCGUGACAGAGCCAGAGAAGGAGAGGAAGGUGGUGAACCUCACCACACACAGCGUGGCCCCAGCUGCAGAUCCAAAUGUGGUCAGGGGCCACAAUGUCAUCAAUGUCAUCAUCCCUGAGAGCAGGAUGCACUUCUUCCAGCAGCUGGGCUACAUCCUGGCCACUCUGCUACUCUUCCUCGUCCUCCUCAUCAUCGUGGUCCUCAUCACCCGCAAGCGCCGGCAGAGAGGUUAUGAAUACAAUGUGAAGAAAUACGGAGAGAAGGAUGUGAAUCUUAAAGAAUUUACAGUGGACACGACAGAUCUGACCCCACACAAAAGUGAAGACAUCAGGCUGGAUUACAAAAACAACAUCCUGAAGGAGAAGGCUGAGCAAGCCAGAAGCUUCCCAGCAAAGAACAUUGAUUUAGACAAAGAUUUCAGGAAGGAGUACUGUAAAUGAAGGCCCUCCCAAGCUGCUGGCUGGACCAGAAGCUUCCAUCAGAGAUAGAUAACGUGGAAGAGAGAUGCCUUUUCUUAAUUCCAUCUCCCUCCAAUUUCCAUAGAAUUUUUUCCACAUCCACUUUUCCCCCACACAAGGGUGCAAAUGCUUCAUGAAAAAGUUAAACUGUCUUGUGUGCAUUUAUGGGGUUGGGUUGCCUUUUCUUCCUCUGUUCUUCCAAUCUUCCUUUCCCCUUUUCUUUCUUGACAAUUAUUGUUGGAUUUUAUGCAUCAAUGAUUUUUAUGAGCUGAAUCAGCAGAGGUUUUGCUUUGAUGUUAUUGCUUUAAAUAAAACCACCUGCAUCACUAAUUCUCAGCCAUCAUUACACCAGGCAUUUUUCCAUGUGGUGAAUCCAUCAGGAUAACAAUGGCAAAGGCUGAUCCCUGUCCUAGGCUGGCAUAAAUAAUUUCACACAGAACUUUGCAUGAACCAGGUGAAGCACAAAGAGCACAGCCCUCCCAAAUGGCAGUGCAAAACCUCAUUUUAUCCAUGGGGAAAUGUCAGUAUCCUCAUUUUACAGGGAAAGGGAAGCACACCAGUGGCUGAGGGCUCAGCUCAGAGCUGAACUCUGCAUUUCUCACCCUGUGUUUGUUGGUUUGUUUCUGUUUCAGACCAGAUCAGAUUGGGCAGGAGCAGGCAUUUGAUGGAUGCAGUCACAGAGCUGUAAAUGCUAGCCUCAGUUAGAUCAGAACCAGGAAUGUUGUGGAGAGGGCUGAGCUCCUGUGUGGAACCUGGAAUGGGAUUUUUCUGCAGCCUUGGGGUGGAUCCAGGCCACACAGAGUACAUCAAACCAAAGGUAGGACCCAGCCCAGGGAGAUGGUGAAAGGGAGCAGUUCCAUGAGGAACAGGAGUAACAACAGGUAUUUUCAUGGACCAGAUGCUCAGAAAGGGAGUCCAGGAGGGGGAUGAGUCCAUUCCCAUGGAUUUUGGGUGGAU